AUGUCCGCAAAGAACCACGCAACUGGAACGGAUGCUUCCAUCCAACUGGAACCCGAUACUCAAUCCCAGCCGCGUACCGCAGAGGGGCAGGAUGCCGCAAUCGAACAGACAGCUCUAGUAGACGGUUUGAUACUACCGACAGUCCAACAUUUGCCUCUUGGAAACCCAACCCACUUUUUGCGACCAGCUCGUCAAGCCGAUCUUUCAACACCGGGAGCCUAUGCUGUCCGGGCAGCGGGGUUGCGCUACGAUUUGGAAUCAGGGACAGCGCCAGGAUGCAAUGCCGACGAUCAUGCUCCGUGGGGUAAAAGUGUGGCGGCCGCAGCAGCCCCCAAGCCUGACGUGCUGGAUGUGGUCCACGAUGUCUCCAAGCUCCCUCCGAAGAGCGGCGUUAGUGCAGACGUUCAGGCCCGAAAGUUUGAAGGGACCAAGCAAUUCAAGAACAAGGUCCUCCUGGGAAUUCUGUUCGUUCUCACCAUCAGUAUGGUCGUGCUUGUUGCGUGUAUCUCCACCUAUAUUAUUACUACAAUGAUAACUUGGUGUGAAGCCGUGUGA